AUGGAUAAAUAUACUAGAGAAAAAAUUACUCCAAGAGGCCUACGCUUCUACAAAAGUCCCUCAUUCGAUCAAGAGGAAGAAGACUUUAUACAGGAAUGGUCAGACCUCUUGGAGAGUUUUUCAUUUGGAAUGAUGAACCUGAUUAUUAAAAGACGUACACAGACAUUGCAUAAGCUCGAUGUAGAAAUUAAUGAGACAAAAAAUUCCCUAGUGGAACAUAUGUCAUCAGAACAAUAUUCCAAUACAUUAAUAGACAUCCAGACCAAUUUAGAAAAACUAGAGAAAAGUGUAAUAGACAUUAAGAAAAGAAAAUACCAGAGAGAUAAAGAAGACUAUGCAAGGGGGGAAGUUAGAACACAUACAAAGAGAAACAAUAGGUUUCAGACAAAUAAUGGCCAAAUGGUAAAUGAUUGGGAUAACAGCCAGCACUAUUACCGCAGGGGGAGAAACAAUAGCCCUACAGUUAGGAGAAUACCCUUACGUAAUAAACAUUUAAAAGACCAUAGAAGAGAGAAGUCACAGGAAGGUCUACCACAAAGAUCAAAACCACCUGCCAAUGUUCAACCACAAUGGGAGAAAGUAGUAAGGAGGAAACAAUUAAGAUCCCCAAUUAGACAAAAAGAGAGAUCACCAAGAUCUAACCUAAUGAUAAAGAACACUCAAAAUAUGGAUAUACAUAGAAAUAAAUAUAAAGAUAGGGAAAAUUCUACACACAAUAGAUUCUUACCAUUGGCGACAUCCACCAAUGGUGAGGAUUUUUGGAAUGGCCACAUGAAGGGACGCCACAAGGACUCCCUUAUGCACCAUAUGUCCCCAGGAAAGAGAAGACGGAGUUUAGAAGAAGGGGAGUUAGAGGAGGGAUACGUAUACAAAAAAGAAAGGAGGGAAAAAUACCCAAGGAGAACGGGAUUUUCAACCUUUCUAAACGAGAACUAA